AUGGCGCCAAAAGUCUUCAUCACUGGCGUGACAGGCCUUAUCGGGGGUGAUGUGCUAUAUUCUAUCUGCCGUGUUCAUACAGGCUGGGAAUUAGCUUGUCUGGUCCGAACAAAGGAAAAAGGUCUCAAAGUCCAAAAAGCCUAUCCCCAGGCGAGGCUGGUUUACGGAAGCACAAACGAUGUGGACUUGAUCGAGGAGGAAGCCUUUGCCGCAGAUAUUGUCUUUCAUUCCGCCGGUAGCGAUGAACAUGUCCCUUCUGCACAGGCCAUAGUUCGAGGCCUAAGUCGUCGACAAACCGAUACUCCUGCCUACUACAUCCAUACAUCAGGUGGCUUUGCGCUGGCCUCAGAGACCCUCUCUACUGGAAAGUAUGGCGAGAGAUUUGACAAACAGUACGAUGAUUGGGAUCAUGUGAAUGAAUUGACCUCUCUUCCCGACCAUGCACCCCAUCGCAGCGUUGACAAAGUGGUACUGGCUGCGAAUCCCUUCAAAGUUCGAACUGCCAUUAUUGCACCAGCUGUGGUUUAUGGUCAGGGGCGAGGUCCAGACAAGAGGAAAUCGGCACCGCUUUUUGAGGCUUUCCUAAGACAGAAAAGGGUUGUCACCGUCGGUAAGGGCGAGAAUAUUUGGCACAAUAUUCAUGUGCAAGAUCUCAGCAAGCUCUAUCUCCUCUUAGCGGAGGCAGCCACCAAUGGUGGCGGAAAAGCUACUUGGAAUGAACAGGGGUACUAUCUGGCAGAAAACGGCUACUACAUCAACCGGGAGAUGCUGUCCCUCGCGGCUCGCAUCCUCUACAAAAAAGGACUCGUUCAAUCGCCCUCCGUCGAUUCCAUCACUCCAGAUGAAAGCGACGGUAUCUCACCUUGGUUAAAAGUGAUGAUUGGUGUGGACUCGCGUGGGAUCGCCCUGCGCGGUAGGAAACUAUUGGGCUGGAAGCCAACUAUGCCAAGCUAUGAAGACGAACUUGAGAAUUCACUCGAUAUUGAUAUAAGGGAUUUAGGCUUGAUACAAAAUCAGGGCCUAUAG